UAGCACGUGCAGCGGAAGUACUGAAGUCAAACAAACGCCGCACGCGCGUGAGUAACUGCACUGUUUCCUUACAGCUUGUAUGUGUAUUUUUCCAAGUUUAAUUCCUAUUUUGAGCAACGUGAUAGUAUUAAAUAUCCCAUUAAAACGAAAAUGAGUAAUUUUACGUGUAGCCGUUUGAGACGCACGUUGUAGAUUGUUACGUUAGUUCGCGUAAUCGGUUCAUAUUAAAAUGUUUCCAAAACUAUUUUUUGGACAAUAAAGUGAGUUUUUUAGGUUAUGAACUGAACAUGGAGAAGGAGGCUUUGUCGUACUUUAUUUCAGACCAUGAAGGUUUCCAUGGGACUAUUAAAAGCUCACCCCAAGACUUUGUUGUUACUGAGAUGGACAUCAAUGGACAGCUCGUUACAAAUCCUAACAUUGAGGAAACGCACACAAAAAUACCGCGUCAAGCUACAAAUAAAGGAGGUGUUAAGUCUAAACGACCUGAACUGAAUGACACUGAGACUUUUAACCAGGACUGCUUUGAUUUGAAUGUUAUCCUCGGUCUGUCUGUGAACAAAGAGUUGGAGAAUUUCACUAACAAAAUAAGACUGGGAACCAGUCCAAAUAAUGGUGAACAGGAGAACAUGGAGUUCUCAUUGGGUACUUUUCCUGACAAGAACCUCAGAGCUGUUGUCCACAAAGCGGUACGACACACCUACCCCUUCCUUCAGACGGUCACAAACCAAUCAGAGAUUCGUGUACGAGAGGACCAGGACUUCAAGGAGCUCUCCAAAUUAUCCUCCGAAGGAGAGGCCGAGGACUUCUUCAGGUUCAUGGAUGCUAAAGUACCCGGCUCUGCGUUCACCUUCCUGCCCGAUGAGAGCAAGGAGCACCGGACUACAGUUCACCAUUUUGUCAGCAGACGUUUCGGGAAGCUCGUAGAGACGAAGAGCUUCACCGACCAGAAGAAGACCUCCAUUACUGUGAGGCUUAGGGAGAGAAACAAGCAAUCCAAGAAGAGGACGAUAACAGAUUGUCAAGAGGAAGACGUGACAUUAUACACAGCUUUCACACUGCAAAAAGACAACUUGGAGACUUUGGAGGCCAUCAGCUACAUGGCCGUGGUGCUUGAUGUUCUUCCAUCUGAUUUUACCUACGCAGGAAUCAAAGACAAGAGGGCAGUCACCUACCAGGCCAUGGUGGUGAAAAAGAUCUCUCCAGAGCAGUUGCUGGAGAAGGUCUCAGAGUUUGAGAGGAGGGGAAUUAAAAUCUCGCGUGUACGUCCCGUGUCUGAACCCCUCAAAAUCGGGAGACUGCAGGGAAAUCAUUUUGAUCUUGUAAUAAGAGACCUGAAGCCUUAUGGGAAACGUGAACUUGCGACGUUAGAAGAGCUUGUGCAAGAAGCGGUGGAAAAUGUGAAGAACCGAGGCUUUGUGAAUUAUUACGGACCCCAGCGAUUUGGUAGCGGAUCGUGCGUCCGAGCAGACCAAAUAGGACUUGCACUUCUAAAGGAAGAAAUGGAGACUUCGGUUAGGCUGUUUUUCACCCCAGAGGAUGGUGAUGACCUCCAAAACAAGGCAAAGCAACAUUUUCUCCUCACAGGGAAUGCCAAGGAGAGCUUGGCACUGAUGCCAGCUUACAAAGCUCGAGAGCGGCUCAUGCUGCGGGCACUCCAUCGAUAUGGGAGCGGACGGGAAGGAUGCAUACGUGCCUGGCUCAGUUUGCCCCACAGCAUGAGACUCUUUUACCUCCACUCCUAUUGUAGCCGAGUGUGGAACGAAGCGGCGUCAUGCAGACUACAAAAACUGGGCUUCAAGGCUGUUCGUGGAGAUCUGGUGUGGUCUGGAUCUGAAAAAGGACACAGAGACAUGGCAGAAGAGGAACUGAAUGCUACACAGGUUCACGUGGUGACGUCUGAAGAGGAGACGGAUGGUGUUUUCUCAUUAGACCAGGUCAUCCUUCCAAUACCAGGAAAUAGUGUCAAGUACCCGGAAAAUCUGCUGGGCCGGUGGUAUCAAGAAAGGUUGGCUCAGGACGGCUUGGGGUCGUGCCGUUUCAGAGUGACUCCGCUUAAACUCAACAAUCCAGGAUGUUAUCGUCGUCUACUUGCAAAGCCACAGAACGUCACUUACGGCUUGCAGACCACGAGUCAGUCGGACGAGCCUCAUGCGCCCAGUCUGUCGAUAGCCUUCGACUUGGAUGCUUCCUGUUACGCUACUGUGUGUCUGAGGGAGAUUAUGAAAAGUAAUCUUUCAUAGUUUAAUUAUGUUUAUAAAGGAUGCACACACAGACUCAAUAAGCAUUUUCAUGGAAUGGUCAGAAAAUGUUGUGCCACAAGAUGGCAGUGAUGGGCUGUAAAAGGCAAAUAAUAAAAGCGUGUUGGUUGAAGUGUU